AUGGGCUUUUCAACGCCGAGUAAAAUUCAAGAGUUAACACUACCAUAUUUACUUGACGCAUCACCAAGAAAUAUCAUAGCUCAGUCGCAAAGUGGAACUGGAAAAACAGCAGCAUUUAGUUUAGCAACGUUAUCUCGAAUUAAUCCAAAUGUGAAAUCUGUUCAAGCAUUAAUAUUGGCACCAACAUUUGAGUUAGCAUUACAAAUUGGUUCUGUCAUUGAGAAUAUGGCCAGAUUUAUGCCACAUAUUCGGAUAGCGUAUGCUGUACGUGAUGCUAAUAUAUCAAAGAGAGGUCAGUUGGUACGAAAUCAACUAUUAGAAGAAAAUAUUGUCAUCGGAACACCAGGCACAGUUGAAGAAUAUUGUCGAAAAAAACGUGUUAUUGAUUUAAAAAAACUGUCGAUGUGUGUUGUUGAUGAAGCCGAUAUAAUGAUAUCAACACAAGGUUUUCAAGAAAUGUGCGUAAAUUUAGUCGAUGGGCUGGAUCGUACGCAAUGUCAAAUGAUGUUAUUCUCAGCUACGUAUUCGGACGAAGUGAUGGAUUUUGCCAAUAAUAUUAUCAGAAAUGCAAUUGUAUUACGUUUAAAACGAGAAAAGCAAACAUUAACGAAUAUUUGUCAAUAUUUUAUUCGAUGUGAUAAUAAAGAAGAUAAAUAUGAGGCAAUCAGACAGAUUUAUCUUAAUUUAACAAUUGGUCAAGUAAUGAUAUUCUGUCGGACUAAAGCAAAUGCAAAUGAACUAGCUGUACAAAUGAAUUCGGAGAACCAUGUAACCGGUUUGCUCACAUCACAAUUGGAUGUAGAACAACGUGCUGCAGUUAUUACACGGUUUCGUCAAGGAGGAUUUCGUGUUUUAGUUAGCACAAAUGUUACUGCUAGAGGUAUCGAUAUAGACGAUGUAUCGUUGGUUAUUAAUUAUGAAAUGCCAUUAGAUAUGAAAGGUCAGCCGGAUUUUGAAACGUAUUUGCAUCGAAUUGGAAGAUGUGGCCGAUUUGGAAGACUUGGUUAUACGUUCAACUUGAUUGGUAGCGCAAAAGAUUACAAUAUAAUGAAAUCGAUUGAACAAUACUUUAGUCAUCCAAUUGACGAAAUAACAAUUGAAGGUCUAAGUAAACUUGAACAAGAUGAAAAUGAACAUUGA